AUGGAGUUUUUCAUUUCUAAAGUACUUAAAAAACUCCCAAAAUUAAUAUCAAACUCACCCUCAUCAUUACAACCGAUAUGUGGACCAUCUUAUUUAAUAACGAGUAAAAGAUGGGGUCACAAUAAAUGGUUCCCUGAUAGAAGGUAUUUUGAAGAAUAUAGGAAAGACCAUCCUAUUCCGCAACCUCUUAUAGAUAGAGAUACAGUAGAGAAAUACAAUCCAUUUUUGGAUGAUGAACCAAAUACGGAAAUUCAAAAUGUUGUUUUAAAUUUUGGUCCUCAACACCCAGCUGCUCACGGUGUGCUAAGAUUAAUUUUAGAGUUGAGAGGAGAGAGAGUAGCAAAAUGUGAUCCACAUAUAGGUCUUCUUCACAGAGGAACAGAAAAAUUAAUCGAAUAUAAAACUUAUACUCAAGCUUUACCAUAUUUCGAUAGGCUGGAUUAUGUUUCGAUGAUGUGUAAUGAACAGUGCUAUUCGCUUGCAGUUGAAAAACUUCUAAAUAUUGAAGUGCCUCUGAGAGCGAAAUAUAUAAGAACCAUGUUUGCAGAAUUAACGAGAAUUUUAAAUCAUUUAAUGGGUAUUGGAACUCAUAUUCUCGAUGUCGGUGCUUUGACUCCUUUUUUUUGGUUUUUCGAAGAACGUGAAAAACUUAUGGAAUUUUAUGAAAGAGUAUCUGGAGCUCGUAUGCAUGCGGCAUACAUUAGACCAGGAGGAGUUAGCCAAGAUCUGCCACUUGGAUUAAUGGACGAUAUUCAUCAAUUUUUAACAAAGUUUGGAUCAAUUUUAGAUGAUGUUGACGACGUUUUAACAAACAAUCGGAUUUGGGUUGACAGAACUCAAAAUAUCGGUGUCAUUUCAGCAGAGGAUGCACUCAAUUACGGUUACACGGUUCCCCCGGGUGCAACUUAUACGGCAAUCGAAGCUCCUAAAGGGGAAUUCGGAGUUUAUCUAGUAUCGGAUGGAAGUUCGAAACCGUACAGGUGUAAAAUCAAAGCUCCAGGUUUUGCACAUUUAGCAGCUUUGGAUAAAAUCGGAAAAGGUUUAUUCCUUGCCGAUAUCGUCGCCAUUAUCGGAACGUUAGAUAUAGUUUUCGGAGAAGUAGAUCGUUAA